AUGAAAGAAGCUAUCAUGAACCAAGAGAAACUCGCCAAACUGCAGGCACAAGUGCACAUUGGUGGGAAAGGAACUGCUCGCAGAAAGAAGGUGGUUCAUAGAACAGCCACAGAAGACUAUAAAAAACGUCAGUUCUCUUUAAAGAAGUUAGGGGUGAACAGUAUCUCUGGUAUUGAAGAGGUGAAUAUGUUCACAAACAAAGGAACAGUGAUUCACUUUAACAUCCCUAAAGUUCAGGCAUCUCUGGCAGCAAACACUUUCACCAUUACAGGCCAUGCUAAGACAAAGCAGCUGACAGAAAUGCUACCCAGCAUCUUAAACCAGCUUGGCGCAGACAGUCUGACCAGUUUAAGGAAACUGGCUGAAGCUCUGCCCAAACAAUCUGUGGAUGGAAAAGCACCACUUGCUACUGGAGAGGAUGAUGAUGAUGAAGUUCCAGAUCUUGUGGAGAAUUUUGAUGAGACUUCCAAGAAUGAAGCAAACUGAAUUGAGUCAACUUCUGAAGAAGAUAAAUCUUGAAGAAGUUACUGGGAGCUGCUAUUUUAUAUUAUGACUGCUUUUUAAAAUUUUGUUUAUGGAUCUGAUAAAAUCUAAAUCUCUAAUAUUUUUAAGCCCAAGCCCCUGGAUACU